CGGUCGCUGCGAAAUGCAAAUACUACAAUCACCAACGAGUGUUGAUUUUUCUGCUUCGCUGUUGAGUUGUUGAGAGUGCAAACGCUCGUGCGAAUGAAUGAAUAUACGGUUGAAGACCGUCAGUUAGCCAGCUAGCCAGACAGUGAAGUAGCGCCGAGCCAGGCACCAAGUCACUACAAUCAGUUGCUUUUCGUAUCUAUAACGAGUUGGUGGUUCACACUUAACGUGGUCGCGGACGAUUUCACAUAAAAAAUUUGUGUAUUGUAAUUUAUUGUGUAUAUUUGUUGUGAUUCUAAUUGGAUGUGCCCGCGCGUGUGUGUGUAUGUGUGAGGCACUUAGCACAUUAGAAUACAAAUUAAAUAAAUACGAAAACGAGCAAAAAUAAAACAAUUCGUAAUUAAAAAAAAAGUUUAUUAAUUUGGUUUGGGCGAAGUGCGAUUGAAAAGUGCGAAGUAGCAACUGCGAGCGCUAAAACGAAAAACACACACUGUGCCACUUAAAACCUGCUAAAUAAAAUUUAUUUUAUUGCUUUUGGAAAAAUCAAUAAUAACAAGAUACAACCAAUUAAAUCAAUUCUACCAAUUCAAUACAAGCUGUGUGCAGUCGACAGAGGAAGCAACAAAAAAAAAAAUUGUAAAAAAGGCAAAACAAAUAAAACAUCAAAAAAUUUUAAAUAAAAAAAAGUUCCAUAAAAAACUAAAAUAAAAAAAAUAAAAUUACAGAUAAGAACAACUGUAAAUGGCCUAACAGCUUACAGCUGCUGUAUUCAAGAUUUAUUUAUCGUAAUUACCCAACAUACGAGAAGAGAGUCAUCAGAAACCACUCUCAACAAUGCGCUGACGCGCUCUUCCGCCAAAUACCUAAAAGUUCUCAUGGGUUUUCCAACAAACAAAUUCGCUACAUUAUGUUUAAGUAUUGAUAAUAUUUUGAAAACUCAUUGAACAAAGUACAUUGUGACGUUAAUGAAAUAAGAAAAUAUACAGAAUGAAGUAAUAAAUGUGAUUUUAAGCAAUAAACGAUGUGGCCGCUGGUGAAACGCCGAAAAGUGGGCUAAGGCAAUAAACAAAUCGGCUGUGUUUAUAUAUUUACAUAGUUAUGUGCGUGCUAAUUUUUCACUUCGCCACUACGUUAUUGGAAACUUACAUAGUUCGAGUACACUUGCAACACUCGAUGACGAAAGGUGGGUCGAAGACGUCGGUCCCAGCACUCAAGCAGAAAACGUUCGGAACGCCAGCGACAAGCGCGACGUGUCUGCUUAAAUAUCAAAAGUGAUUUCAAAUAUCAAAUGUGCAAAAGAAAAGUAGCAACGUGCGAGAGCAGAGCGAAGCGUCUGGUAGCGUAGCAAAAAUAACCAAAAGAAAAUUAUAAGAAAAAUUGCCCAAAAAUUGAAAAAAAAGUGUUUCAAAAGUGAACGUGCGUGCACAUAACAUAUAACAUACAUACCAACACACCCAUAUACAUACAUAUAAUCGCUUCGUGUAAAUAGGAGCUUCGUGACGCUCCACCCAAACUAAGCAAUCAUAGCAACUCAACUGAAAAUGUGUUCCAAGGAGUUGCUGCUCUUAGCAUGCCUCUUCCUGCUCGGCGGUCUGCGUUUGACCUCGACAACGACAACCACCACUUUUGUGGCAGCCAUGUCUAUUGCCAAUCAGGAUCUCGAUCGUUAUUUUCGCACGGCGAACGCCACGCAAAUGCUCGCCAAUGAAGAGCGUAUUAUCAUAGAUGUCUAUAAUUAUGCCUAUUUGAAUUUCACCUACUUGAAUGAGUUUGGUGAAAUACGUAAAUUGGUGUAUAGUGAGGAGAAGGCACGUUACGGUGAGGGUAAAGUGGAUAGUAGAGAGGGUAAACUCAUACACGUAAGCACGAUUGGUAAUAUAACGGACGAUACAGCUUGCACGUCCAAAAUCGCGGGCACUAAUGGUGAGAGUUUACCAUCCAAGGGUUGGAUUGCGCUGGUGAAGCGCGGCUUUUGCACAUUCGAGGAAAAGGUGAAACAUGUUUACGAUCGUGGUGCGAUCGGUGUGAUCAUCUACAAUGAUAAAUCAGUCAAUAAUCUGGAGAAAAUGCAGAUUAGAGAUCAACUUCGCGAUAUAACAGCUGUGAUAACUUAUCUUGAAAUUGGUUUGGAAAUAGCGCGAAUCGUUGAUAAAGAAUUGCAAAUGGAUGCCGCCAUCUUAAAGGGCCGAUCCGGUAGCCGACCAUUAAAUACGCUAAACAAAACAUCUGUGCUGUUCGUGUCCGUUUCCUUCAUCGUGCUAAUGGUGAUAUCGCUGGUGUGGUUGCUGUUCUACUACAUACAACGCUUUAGAUAUCUGCAGACUAAGGAUCAGCAAUCGCGCCAACUGUGUUCGGUGACCAAGAAGGCCAUCAUGAAAAUACCCACAAAGACGGGCAAGAGCAGCGAUGACAAGGAUAUGGACAGCGAUUGUUGCGCCAUCUGCAUUGAGGCCUACAAACCAUCCGACUGCAUACGCGUAUUACCCUGCAAGCAUGAAUUUCACAAGAACUGUAUCGAUCCAUGGCUAAUUGAGCACCGCACCUGUCCCAUGUGCAAGCUGGACGUGCUGAAAUUCUACGGUUUUGUGUUUCUUGGCAGCGAGGAAAGCAUUCUGGAGUAUGAACCCGAUCGCCCACCGGCGGCUGCCACAAAUGCUGUAGGUGCUUCAGCAGUUAACGGAAAUCCCAGCGCUACAGUGCCAGCCGGCGCACAACGCAACGGGACGCUCGAUGAACUGAUGCGCAGCCGUGAUUUUGUCAUUGACUUUCCGCGCAUUUUCGUACUUGAAGCUGGCGCUGUCACCGGCACACACGAGUCCUUAUUUCCCACACGUUUGCCGGAGCGUUCACAGUCUUCGCUGUCGCUGGCGAAUGCAAAGGAUUGGAUGUCCGCAAUGACUAACAAACUGGACGAACAGCAUGGGCUGCGACGCUUGCGUCGCGGUGUGACGCGCGACGGCAUGAAUGAGAAUCUUUUGACGGUAUGCGCGGAGGCGGUUAAGAAGCGUCGUUCACGCUCCGCCGAUGGCCGUUACUCGAGCAGCUUUUAUGCGCGUCAGCAAGCCAUGCAAUUGCAGAGCGAACUAGAAUGCGGUUAUGGUGACGGCGAGGAAGCAGCAGUGUGCGGUAGGCCAGAUGCAGUUGCUAAGUUGCACCCAAAUGCUACGAUUGUGGACCUAACCGAUGCUGUGUAUGCGCAAUCGCGCCAGCGCCAACAGCAAGUGGACAAUUUUGCGCUGCCACACGCUGAGCAGGAGUAUGUCACGUCAAAUGCGCGUCGCCGUUCGUUAAGACGCAGCAGCGAAACGGCCAUACAGUUGCAUGAGCUGCCAUAUCGUUCUCUGGUGACUAGCCAUGCUGGCAGUCCAGCGCGUAGUCGUGAGUCGACGCCGCCACUUGAUGUGUCUAUUACGAUUCAAGUGAACGGCGAAGGUAUCGAUGUGGAGUAGAAACGAAAAGACUGUAACUAGCGAGGUGGCUAAGAAAAUUUCUUAACAAUACUUUUAAUUUUGCUUAAACGCGUAUUUGCAUUACUUCAGAGCGCUCACGAUUAUCUAACCUUUAACUCAUACACACUGCUUACACUUAAAAAAAAAAUUAAGUAAAAAGUAACUAAAUGGUGAAUUGAUUGUCAAGAAAUGAGGUAAUGGAACUGUUAUUUUAAAAUAAAGAAUGUAAAUUGACGAAGAAA